UCUAUAAAUAGCUCCCAUGCAUGGCCUGCUCUCAUGCACAGUUGCAUACAUACUACAGUCUACAUAGUAAGAGGUGAAGAGCGCGCUCGUGUAUUAGCUAGCAAUCUUCAUCUCGAACUUGAAGCUUACGAUAGAUCCCUUGCCAGGAGUCACCCCUUUACGUACGACGUAGUACGUGUUUAAUUUGCUCCAUUAUGGCUCCAAGCAGAGAGGCGUGUGCGGUCGCCAUGGCGGUCAUGGCGGGGCCGUUCCUUGCGAUGGCGAGCAACGCCGCCGUCAGCGCCAGCGCCAACAGCACGGGCAACGGUGAGGUCAAGCGGCGGCGCCGGACCUCGUCCACCAACGCCCUCCAGCGCACCGCGUCCGACGUCUCCGCCUACGAGCUCCACCACCACCACCACGGCGUGGUGACGAACAAGGACGAGAAGGCGGAGGCCGAGCAGCAGCAGCCCGCCGUGCCUGAGGCGUCGCCGGUACUGCAGCACGCCAAGUGCGAGUGCUGCGGCAUGUCGCAGGAGUGCACGCCCGAGUACAUCCGCGGCGUGCGCGCCAGGUUCGCGGGGCGCUGGGUCUGCGGCCUGUGCGCGGAGGCGGUGACGGAGGAGGCCGAUAAGAAGAAGGGCGGGCCGCUGGAGGAGGCGCUCAAGGCGCACAUGGGCGUGUGCAAGCGGUUCAACGGCUUCGGACGGACGCACCCGGUGCUGUUCCAGGCCGAGGCCAUGCGCGAGAUCCUCCGGCGCCGGGCCACGGCCACGCUCGGCCCCAGGUCCAGGUCCAGCAUCAACCCCAGGGAGGUCAACAGGGAAGUCGCCAAGGCCGCCGGCACCGGGAUCUCACGCAGCUCCAGCUGCAUGACCUUCAUCGCCGACCACGACUUCAACCACCGGGCGUCGUCGUCGAUCAACAAAAACUGAUUCUCGAUCACGACGAGUUUUUAGUAGCAUGGCAAGCUUCGCACUUGUUUAAUAAUUAACCUUCAAUUCUUUGGAGGCUAGAAAGCUAAGGUGCAUUAUUAAUUAGUUCGCUUCAUGCGUUAUUAAUUAGCUUUCUUUUUAGGCCGGCUAGACUAGAGAGUGCAUGCAUGGUUCUGUUUACAAAUGCCAUUACGCGCUGUUUCUUUUUGCCGCACUUCUAGCUAGCUUUGAGCUGAUGUAUAGGCCAGUGGAAUGCAUUAUGAAUGCAUCGAUCGCCACCUCCGGCAGGGUUCAGGUCGUGGCUCAUGGGUUUACGGUUGUUUUUUAUGGGGCUUUGUUUGGCACUCGUUGUGGCGUUUUGCCUCACACGAUCGAGGCGCUGACAUCAGCUCUGUUUAUAUGGCUAAAACUUAUCUGACCCAAUUUUAGCUGGCAUGUACUAGAUCUUCUAAAUGAAUAAAUAAAUGCAAUUAAUGA